GUAACCCUGGAGGAAAGCCGUUUAGUUAGAAAGGGGCAGUUAAACUCCCCACUCCAGUAGCUUUCACCUUCACCCUGAAGCACCUUAGCAACCACGGUUGCCUGCAAACCGCUGAAGGUAGUCUUUGCCCCAGAUGGAUCCCAAAGAAGCCACUGGUAAAGAAAACAUGGGCACCAAGAGGAAGAACCUGACUUUCUUGAGGCCCAGGAUGUACAUGCUGGAGAGACGGAAGACUGACACUGUGGUUGAGAACAGUGUUUCUGGGGACCACUCUGGUACUUUGCGGAGGAGCCAGUCUGACAGAACUGAAUACAACCAGAAAUUACAAGAAAAGAUGACUCCACAGGCUGAGUGUUCUGCAACUGAGACGCCAACCCCAGAGGAAGAGCAUCAGAGAAGGAAGAUGAUGGCAAAGCGAGCAAAAAUCAUCAAGGAGCUGAUCCAGACAGAAAAGGAUUAUCUCAAUGAUCUGGAGCUGUGUGUUCGGGAAGUGGUUCAGCCCCUAAGACACAAACAGAUUGACAGGCUGGACGUGGAGAGUUUGUUUAGCAACAUUGAAUCUGUGCAUCAGAUAUCAGCCAAGCUGCUGUCCUUGUUGGAAGAGGCCACAACUGAUGUGGAACCGGCCACACAAGUAAUCGGAGAGGUAUUCUUGCAGAUUAAAGAGCCACUGGAAGAUAUAUAUAAAAUUUACUGCUAUCACCAUGAUGAAGCGCAUAGUGUGUUGGAGUCCUAUGAAAAGGAGGAAGAGCUGAAGCAACAUUUGAGCCACUGUAUCCAGUCCUUAAAGAAAAUAUAUGUGCAAGAAGGCAAACCGAACUUAUUGGACAUGGGCUCUUUGAUGAUCAAACCAAUUCAGCGUGUGAUGAAGUACCCCCUAUUACUGUGUGAACUUCGGAAUUCUACCCCUCCUUCUCACCCAGAUUUCAAAGCACUGGAGGAUGCCUUUGCUGCUGUGAAGGACAUUAAUGUGAACAUCAAUGAAUUUAAAAGAAGGAAAGAUUUAGUUCUAAAAUACAAGAAGAAUGAUGAGGACGAAUCUCUUAAAGACAAAUUAUCUAAACUAAAUAUUCAUUCAAUUAGCAAGAAAUCAAAAAGAGUGACAAAUCAUCUAAAGAUUCUGACCAGAGGAGAAUCACAGGUGAAAGAUAAUACCUUUAACAGAGAAGAAAAGAUGUUUAGAGCCUUAGAAAAGACUGUGAGGCAUUGUAUGAAGAAUAUUUCAUUCUGUCUCCAACAUGUACAGGAUGCCUUGCCCAUUGCUCUCCAGGGUGUGCGGGAGCUCCAGGAGAUUUCCUACAACAAAGAUGAGGAGGAGAGGGGCUCUUCAGAGACUCUGAGUAAUGCUUCAAAUCCCUGUCAUGACUUUGCAUCUCACUUGCAGAGACUGGUCCUGAACCCCCUGUCAGCCCUGCUGUCCUUAUUUCCAGGACCUCAGAAGCUCAUCCAGAAACGCUAUGACAAACUGCUGGACUACAACAGCUAUCUGCAGCGGUCAGCAGGAGAUGAGUCAGACUUGGCCAAAAAGGAAUAUGAGGCCCUCAAUGCCCAGCUGGUGGAAGAGCUCCAGGUGUUCAACCAGGCUGCUCGGGAGAUUCUGUUGAACUGUCUGUGCAGUCUCAUCACCCUCCUCAGGGACCUGAUGUUUGCGGCACAACGGACUUACUCCACAGUUGUGCUGGCACCACUGUUGGUCUCAAGCAUCUCUGAGAUUCAGAAUCGAGUACUAGAAGAGGUUCACAAUCUGAAUUUUGUAAAGGACAACAGUGCCACCUUUAUUGAGAGGAAACUUAGUUUUGAAAAGAAGAAGCCUGUGCAGAUUCUGCCAGAAGUGCCACGUCAAACUGACACUCAUCGCUCCAAACUUCUAUCCACAUACAGUGCAGAGGAACUUUACCAAGCUAAGCGCAAGUGCAAUGCCACACAAGAGUAUGACAUCAACCUUCUGGAAGGAGAGUUGGUGGCUGUGAUGGAACAGAAGGAUCCGCUGGGGAGUACAAGCAGGUGGCUUGUUGACACAGGAAUUGUAAAAGGAUAUGUGUAUUCCUCCUUCCUAAAACCUUACAAUCCAGCAAAAGUACAGAAGGCUGAUGCUGAGAACAGGUUCUGUGAUGAUGAUUUUGACAACAUCAGCCUCUUUGUGUCUUCACGGCCAGCUAGCGACAGUGUCACAGGGACCCCAGAAGGCAGCAUAAGUGAUAGCAGCUCCUCUCUUAGUGGCACUUGUGGAAAGUUUGAAACAAAUGGCACUGAUGUUGACAGCUUUCAAGAGGUGGACGAACAGAUUUUCUAUGCAGUUCAUGCUUUUCAAGCACGGAGUGACCAUGAGCUCAGCCUUCAAGAGUACCAAAGAGUCCACAUACUUAGGUUUUGUGAUCUAAGUGGAAAUAAAGAGUGGUGGUUAGCUGAAACUCAAGGACAGAAAGGAUAUGUGCCAGCUAACUACCUUGGGAAGAUGACUUAUGCUUAAGGAAGUAAGCCUUUGACCUUCAUUUCCUGGCAAGUUGGUGAUUGACUACCUCAUAAAACUGACAUUCUGAAACUUUGGACCAGAAAGCAAGAAAGCUUCAAAUUCAUGAACUGAUACUGUACCAUGUUUUAAAAGGAAGACUGUACCUCCUAACAGGAUUAUUUCAUGAAUAUGUUAUAAAUACAUGUUGAAGGAAACACUAAGCCAACAGAACAGCAAAGCAAAUAGCCCAAGCUCCAAUUAUAAACUACUUAAAGGUAGAGAUCUUUUGAAAGAAUAAAUGUUGUUCUUUUAUCAUCAUGAAAGACUGGGUCUAAGAAUAAGGUUUUUCAAUCUACUGUAAUUUUUUUUACUGUUAUGUAUUUUGCUACAAACAUGUUUUUUGUUUUUCAUAUUAUUCACUUGCACAUAUAUAUGUUUAUAUAAAUACAUACAUAUAGCAUAUAUAUUAUGCAAUUUAGGCAAGCAAUACUUUUUUGUGUAUGUGUGUGGUACUGGGGAUUGAACCCAGACCCUCAAGCAUUCUAUGCAAAUACUCUACCACUAAGUUACAUUACCAGUCCAUGCAGUUACUACAUAUCUGUAUAAUACAGAUUAUACAAAUAUAUGUCCAAAUCAUAGCAUAUACUACAUACACAUAAUUAAAUAAACAGUAAACUAGAAGUCUUUGAUAUAGAAUCUUUCUCCAAUAUAUGUUUUGAAACCUGAAAAAUAUAUUAAUAUCUGAUAUUGAAUGUAUACUAUAUGGCACACAUUGUUCUAAAUGCUUUAUAUAUAGUAACUUAUUUAAUACACAUUAAGAGGAAACUAUUGCCCAGAGAGGCAAAGUAAUUUAGCCCAAGUAAGCAGUAGGGGCUGGGAUUCAAACCUAGCAGUCUGGUUCUAAAGUUCAGGCCACUGACUACUACACUGUGCUUCUCCAGGAAUGUAUAUAUUUGUUAUCUGCAAAGCACUUAGUGAUGUGAAUAAUGUACACUGAGGAGGACCAUUCUUCUCUCAUGCCUGUAUUUAGUAUUUAAAAGUUUUUUUAAAAUUAAGACUUAUAAGGACUUCCAUAUUACCCUAGAGAAAUGAACUAUCUAGGCUUCUUAUUUUUAUUGUUUUGCUUAACCAUCUUUGAAAGUAUAGUGGUUUAAAACCUAUCUUUCAAGAUUUCUAAUGACACUGAUGUGGAAAUAUUUUUUGGAUCACUCAGUCAUUUGGAUGAUGAAUGGGGAAUGUGUGUUCCAUGUUCUGGGCCAAGAUGUAAAUAUUUUUAGUUGCCAAUUUGUUCUUAGACAAGGCAGGCACUGAGGACAACUUUUGCUAUGACACAAUGUCCUAGGACACUGAACUUUGAGUAUUGCUCAGAGAACUGUCCUCCAAGAUUUCAGGCAUAUUUUGUCAAGACAGUUUAUUGAACUAAAGAUGAUUCUUUGAAUCAGAAAAGAUUAAAUUUGACUUUACUGAUUUCCUGUAAAUCCAAAUUAAAUUGGAUUUUCAUUGUCCAUAUAAAAUGUGCUGAUAUGACAUUAAAUAUUAAGAUUUAAUUGUUACUUUAAAAGAUUUAUUUGAACUGUAUAAUGUUACAUAUACUAUUGAGGACUACAUUAAGCAAACUGAAGAGCACUACUUUUCAGAGGCAGCUGACCUUAACAUACACAUACACACGGACAUGUAAAACCACAGAAAUUCAUAUUUUUACAUGACAGAAACAUUUGUAUUUUAAGAUAUUUUUCCUAAAAUCAUUAACCUAAACAUGGCUUUACAAAUUGUUUUGGCUUAAAAUAUUUUAUUCUUUUAAGUUGGGAACUAAUAGAAGAUACAUAGAUAUACAGGGUCUUUUAAUUAUCCUCUGUAUUCAACUUUAAAACAUUAGUAAAUUCCAGUUUUCCUAGGAUAAAGGAAAGGAAAUUCAAACUUGCUACUUGUGGAAACUAUGCAUAUGCCCCAAAACCAAAAUACUGGGGAAAUUAUGUAUGUACUAGUCUUAAUAUUCCCCACAAAAAUGAAGAAUUGUAUAAACAGCAUAGAUCUGAAAUAAUGACUAGAUGUAUAUAUGAGCAGUUUUGUCUACUGGAGUGGUUCUAGGAGUGAUGCUUCAUGGCUGACCUUUGAAGAAUCCAUAGCACCGUAAUUAUAGCUGCAGUUAGCUGCUGAGCAAGAGUUGUAAUGAAGCUACCAACUGCAGUUCCACACUAUCGUGGUGAACACAUAAUACAAUGAAUAGGCAUUACAGAACUCAUAUAAUACAUGUAUUUUGUAAGUAGUUUGACUAAAAUUAAGUAAAUUAUAAUUUUGAGAUCAGACAUUCUUUUAUUGGACUCAAGAGAAGUAAACUCUUAAGAGACCUAUGAGAUGUGUAAAUCUUCAAGAAGUUUAAAAGAUUAAACUGUUGGCAUCAGUAUAAUUAAGGCUACAUGUGCUAAUGUAAUAAUUUUGUUACAUUCUUUUUGAAAAUUAAAUAUUGUACAGGAUGGAUCUCUGAAAUAGGUAUUCUUUUUACCAAGAAUGAAGGGGAAAUUUUUGUAGCUAUUUUUCUUCCUAAAACAAAUAAACCAGUAUAUGCAUAUAUUUUACCUAGUUUUUAUUUUUAAAUAUAGAUGCUCUAAACUAAGUCUAUAUAAUAUUUUUAAAAGCAUAAAAAAAGUAACCCAAAAUUACAUGGAUGCUGAAAUUAUGUGAAAAAUUCACAAAGUCACCUUCUGAAUAUUCCUUAUAUUUCAAAGAAAUAUCUUUAAAAUAAAGGUUGAGGAGUGCUGAAGACAGAGAAUGCACAUUUUUAUCAGAGUAAUGAAGUACUACAUGACAUACUUCCAGUGCUAGGAUAUCCCAUAUUAGUCUAAUUAUAAUUUGUACUUUCAAGAUGGAUGUUAAGGGUGUAGUGGUACAUGCCUAUAAUCCCAGUAGCUCAGGAGGCUGAGGCAGGAGGAUUCUAAGUUCAAGGUCGAACUCUGCAAUUUAGUGAGGCCCU